GCACGCUAAAUGCGCGCUCAAUAUUGCAUAUUACUGUAGGCAAUGGCGGGCCGGAUAGAGGGAUAUUGAGUUGUUGUGUAAACCUUCUGCUUGCCCGCCUUGUGGGAUGGUUAGUACCGCUUCUCUGCUGUGUACUGUUGUUUGGGAUUCCCACCGGUCAACUGGUGCUGUGUGCCGGUACGGACGCUCGCCCACCUUGAAUUAAAUGUUUAUUCAGCCAGGCUGAUCAUAGAGGCACAGGAGUUUGAGGUGUGCAGCCAUACAAAACAGAUAGGAACCCCGCCUGCGCUUGGAGAUCAUGGCAAUUCCAGAGCAAGGCAGUAAAUCGGGAUUCGUCAUCCGGAUAGCUCACAUCAAUAUGGCUCUAUAUUCCAAUUGCUUCUGGAUCCAGACUGGGGUCAUGCUUUAUUUGUCGAAGAGACUGAGGAUGGAUACAAUCAUGUUUGGUUACCUUCAGACAACGUUUGCUGUUAUCCAGCUCCUGGGAGGACCCUUGUUUGGCAGGUUUGGUGAUUUAUUUGGGGGGCGUGCUGCCCUAUCGCUGGCGUACCUCUCCUCGGGGUUUGCCUACCUUCUGUUGGGUCUUUCGACGAGUGUGCCACUACUUUUCCUUUCCAGAGUGCCCACAGUCUUCAUGCAUGGGAUGCAAGCUGCUCAGAUGAUUGUGACUGAUCUGUCUUCAGAGUCAGAACGGGCAGAUGCCCUGGGGAAGCUUGGUCUGUCAUAUGGUGUGGGGAUGAUCAUUGGCUCUACAACUGGUGGUUUGCUGAUCUCUAAUUAUGGGGAGUCAUUCGCAGCCUAUACUGCAGCAGCUGGAUCUGUCCUUAACACCAUUGUAGUAAUGAAAUACAUCCCAGCUGAUACCAAAUCUAUAACUUUGACAAAGGAGAACAAACCAGAAAUUGCUCGCAGUAAUAGCAUCUUCAGUGUGAAAGAAAUCUUAAGACUAUUAAGUAUUCCGGGAGCUGCAGGUGUCCUUGUAAUUAAAGCCAUCACUGGAUUGCCAAUGGGAGUCUUCCAGAGUAUGUUUUCAGUUGUUGCUAUGGACCAUUUCAACUUACGGGCGGAGCACAAUGGCUACCUCAUGGCUUACAUUGGUGUAUUGCAAAUGGUUAUGCAGGGUCUAGUGGUUGGAUGGCUGACUCAGCGAAUUGUAGAAAAAACCCUGCUUCUCUGGUCCAUUCUGCUGAUUUGUCUGUUGGGUUUGGCUAUGGCACUGAUGACAAACAUAUUCCAAUUUUGCCUCACUUGCAUCCCGAUGACUCUGGGAAUUUCUGUUUUCUACCUCACCACGAAUAGUAUCUUAACCAAAAUAGUUGCUCCCACAGACACUGGUGCGAUGUUGGGAUUUAAUAUGUGUGUUCACUCUCUCAUUCGCUCAGUGUCUCCCACUAUUCGAGGCUUCCUGUUUGAAUCGUAUGGAUUUUCAUCCUUCGGAUAUAUGCAGUUCCUGGUCAAUUUGCUUGUCUUCUUCUACAUCUUGAUACACAGUGCCAAUUAAAAAUGUCAGAGUGGCAAUCAACAGGGGAAACACUUUAGCAAGUAAAUUGACUUCCAGAAAUGGUCAGGGUUCAGAUGAAGUCUAUCAUUAGAUUAGAAGACAUGCAGUAACAACUAAUUUGUGAAUAAUUUUGUCAUCUAGCGCAUCAGUAGUUCUGCACCACAGCAAUUAUGCAAUGAGAUGGCAACGUGGUAGCUUAAAACACUGUGCUGCCAGUGACUUGAUCCAACCUGAAUAUUUUCUUGAUAUUAAGUAGAACAAAUGGGUAGAUAAAAAACAAAUUUUGGUGAUUGGGAAAUCUAGAUCUGAGAGGCAUAUCCAGAUCUUUUUAGGAAUGAAUUUCAGAAACACUUUCUCACACAUGUUUGCCGCAAAUAAAAAAUUUGUGCUAGGUUAGUUUUACUUUAAAUCUGAGAUGAACAGAGUUUUGUUAACCAAAGAUAUUGAGGAAAUGUGACAUAAAAACAGUGAAUUAGAUUACAGAUUCACCAUAAUCUCAUUGAAUGCCAGAACAAGAUAUCUACAUAGUUUACUCCUGUCAUAUGUUCCUGUAAUAUAUUUUGAGAAGAUCUCAAAUUGGAAAAUUACACAUUGUAAGUGAGAAAGACUAACAAAAUGCCAUGCGAAGUCAUUUUGCGGGCCUUCCUGCUAUCAUACCAUUUGUCCAAGGUUGGCCCAUCCAUCUGAAGCCAAAAUGAGCCACUCUAGUGGCCAAUUAAGAGCCUCUUCCCUUCUUUGCUGUCACCUUGCCCACUGUGUAGGAAAAUCUCCACACCAACUGGCAGCCUCCUAGUGGGCUGUGGUUAGUGGGCUCUCUUUUUCAGACCCUCUUUUCCCAAUGAGGGGCUCCCAGAUUGCAGUGGCUGCCCCCGCAACAUCAACACCACCUGCUCUUACUGACCCCCUUCCCUGACACAAAAAAUAUUGCUGAGGCCUGUCUUACUGGCCCACAGACCCCACUUGUCUGGCUACAUGAAUGCAUAAUCAUUUCUGUGUCCUUUUUCCUCAAGGUGCCACCCCAGCAGAGUCCACACUCUUCAGCUCAAUGCUGAGCUUCUGACUCUCUGAUAGAGCCAUCAAUAAAAUGUGACCCUGGGUCCCACUGCCCUCUGAAAUCCUGUAAUUUUGGCCUCGGCAGUGGGAGCCCUGUUGAGUCGGGAAAUUCCCAACCAUAAAGUUUGUUUUUGCUAAUUAUAGAUAUCUCUGGAAUCCAAGAAUGUCAGUAUACAGCUGGUGGUUAUUUGAAAUCCAGAAUGAUAAAAAUGCUAAAUAUAACAAAGAACAGGACAGAGCCAACAUGAUCAUUAUAAUUGGAAUAAAUGCUGAUCAUUCAGAGGCAGUCACAAUUUAAGUGCUGUUGUGCAGUAUUUCUGUCUUAGAGCACAAAUGGGGACAGUGACGUUACAGUUGUGCUAUUGAGUUAGCAACCCGGAGAUAAUAGGUUUUCACCAUGGCAUGAAUUCAAUACAUUUCUCUGAUGGGACCUGUUCAAAAAUGACCACCAGGGUUGAAUUAAAAACAAAUAUUGGAAAGACUGAACAGCUAAGACAGCAUCAGUGCAAAAUGGAAAAGAUUACACUUACAUUUCAAGUCUCAAUCAGAAUUGCUGAAAGCUGAAUUUUUGUAAUUAAAAACAGUGAGUUCUCUACCUCCCUCCUCUACCCAGUCUGAUACUAAUUUUAGUGCCUGGUACCUGGCCACAAGACAAAGACUGAGCCAGCACUGCCUGUGUUACAAGAUCAAUUUCUAAAAGUUACAUUGAAAGUUAAAAUGGAAGCAGAUCCCCAAGUUAAAUUCAUGCCUCAUAAACAGUGAUUGUUCAGGCUUUCUGUUCCUACAGAAUAGAAGAAAGGGGACCACACAGCAACUGACAAUUUAAUUACAAUGCUAUAAUGCUUUUUGUAUGUGUUUGACCAGGCUUUUAAUCUAAAGUUGUAAGACAUAAUAGUAUCACUUCACUACUGGUUGAUGUUAAAGGUACUAGCUGCUAGAUUUGCUUAACAGCUGCUGGUGCACAAUGUCAGUACUAGUAAUGACUCUUGCAAUGACAAAUGACAAAUGCCAAAUGACUACUUAUGCCUGGUAUAGUCAGACUUAAGUUCCAGUAUUUCAAAUACAGAGCCUUCAAUUUAGGAUUGCCAGUUGUUCAGGAUUACCCUGGAGUCUCCAGGAAUUGUGGAUUAAUCACCAGGACCCUGCUGAAAAAUCAUUUGGUGCUCGGAUAGUUCUACAUCUUAUCGCCUCAUUUAUCAUAGAAUAUACUGGAUAUGGAUCUAUACGGCUUUUUGAUUAAUCAGUAAUCAUCUUAUCAGGUAUCCAAGAUUCUGUUCACUUUCCAAUUGGUGAAUGAAGCUGAGGUGACCAAUGGAUUGAGGUUAUGUGAUUAAAUCUCCAGGAAUACAUCCAAUCACAGGUGGUAGUCUUACUUGAACUGCCUCAGUCCAACUCACUGAAAUAUCCUUCCGAGUCAUCUUAUCUCUCGACCUUUGAAAACUGCCUCAAAAUUCACUUCUGCGAUAAAGUUCUGUCACCCUUAAACUGUUCUUCAUGAUUUGGCUGCCUGUUCUCUUAUUUAGAUAAUUUUGUCGCCUUUUGACAUAAUAGCAGUCUUCAAAUGGAGGGUACGUGAUGAUAUGUAUUUGCAGUGCAGGCAAGAAUUGUGUAAGUUCAGUAAGCACUGUUGGGCAUGCUUCCACGAGGCCUGUUGAAUGUAUGAGGUGUGCGGGUUAUAAUGUGUUGGGCCAGUGCAGAGGCUGAGUAGAUGUGACACGCAUAGCAAUUUAGAUGCGCCAAAUUUAUUUAAACCAUUCAUUUUCUACACAGUUUAACCUGAUCUUCAUAGGUGAAAAUGCUGUUGGCUUUCUCUGUUUGGGCCUUCCGGCCAGAUCUAGUUUAGCAAUUCAGUCAUGCUAGAGAUACCUGUCAUAAAGAGAACUUUCUAUUUUGCUGAGGCAAUUAUAUUGAUUUUUCAUUUGAUUUCAGAAUGUUUUUCUUAAUGCAGCAAUACUGUAAUACUGAGCAUGGUGUACUAUGGAAUGCCCUAUAUAUCUUGGUUUGGGUCAAGGGGACAGGAGACGAACAUCUAUGGACUGAGGUGGAUUCAUAACUCUCCCCCUUGUAUCUCAUGCCCAUCUCCGCAUGAUUACCCAAAUGGGUCAGGUUGGAGGAGAUCAAUUUUGGAAGCUGUGAUCUCUAAUAAAGCAAUAUAUGCUGUCUCCCAGAGCCAGAUCUUCACACCAGAUUCAGGACAAAAAGAAAACACUGAUUUGGACUGACAAGGUGGCCACUCAACACCCUCUAUCUUCUUGAUAUUCCCAACAACAGCUGGAGUUAUGAGGUAAAUUUUGCAUCCAUCAAAACAAAUAUACAGGUCCUUGUUUGCCAGGAGAAGCUUCUACGUUGUUUUCCCCAUGAAAAACAGUCAGUAGUGACAGAACACUUUUAUCAGGCAGCAGGUUUCCUCACAGGGUACAGCAUGAUUAAUGGCAUAUCUGGCCAUAUGAACACUCCCCUCUCAAUUGUACAUGCUUCAUGAACAAAAAGCAUACUGGUUCCUUUAAUUAUUGUAUAAGUGCAUGUCAUGGGGCUUUUAUUUGUUAAUUGCAUUUCAAAAAUGGUUGGUAAAAUCUAAGAUCAAUAAAUGGGUGGUUCUUCAGGGAACAAUAUUGUCCCCUUCAAAAAUAGAAAUUGCUGGAAAAGUUCAGCAGGUCUGGCAUCAGCUGUGGAGAGAAAUCAGAGUUAACAUUUCAGGUCAAGUGACCCUCAGAACUCCCCUUCAACCUUGGUUUAUGACCCCUCAGACUGCCAGGAUAGAGCUGAAAACUGUUGGAAAAGUGGUUGAGGCCAUCACCAAGGAUGUUCUAGAGCCAUCCCUACAAUUAGGGGUACCAGCAAAAGUCUCCAAGACCAUUGUGGUUUGUUGUCUCUUGUACGUCUUUGUCCAAUGCAAUAUUACCAUGGAGCAGUUGAAAGAGAAACCCCAGCCUCAUCCAGUGGCAGAAGAAGAUGUUGACCCAAAAAGCUGAGAAGAUGCAUGUAAAACCUGAAUUUCUGACGCAAAGAGGCAUAACUUGCCAUUUACAUAUCUGUUCAAGAUUAAAUGAAAUACACAAAAAUUGUUGUUAUGUGGAAGAUGUGUUUGGCUCCUGUAGAACAGUCCGGGAGAAGGGAAUUGAAUAAGGGAGGGACAGUGGCAGUGGCAGGGGUUGAGUAGCUGGAGAUAUGACUGGUAGAAGUGAACCAGGAUUGCUCAUUCAGAAGGCCAGCAAUUGCCUCCUGUACUGCAACAUUAUGUGAUUCUAGGAUGUCAUAGGGAGAAUAGAAAGCAGAGAUGGGGGGGAGUGUUAAGAGAAAAUGUAUUUGAUGGUGGUAUGCUGUUUUAGGUGAUAGAUGAUCUGAAGAAUGUGCAGGCUGCUUGGAGGAAUGUGAGGAGAAAGGAGGCCCUAUACACUUGAGAGGGAAGUGAAUGCAGGAUAUAAGAAAGAUAUGGUUGAGAAGGAUCUUUUUAAUCUCUGUAGUGGAACUCAUGCUAUGGGCUAAAAGGAACAAUAUUUCAAAAGCUUUGGUGUUUUCAGAGGAGAUGCGAGAGACAAAGAAUGGAAUUUGUGCUGGAUGUAAGUCAUGAUCCAGGUGAGACCUAUUUAUUCAUUAUGGUUACAUGUGGUUGCACACUACAUUGAGGGUGUAAACCUUAGGAGCUUUGAAAUUUCUACAUGAUUGUAUAAAUGAAAAUGUGUAUAUUCUGUGGUUAAUUAUUGCUUUUGAAAGCUGUAUGAAGCACAAUGGAAAUUAGCCAUGCCUUCAAAUAUGUAUUCAUUAAUAAGACCAGCUUGUCUCCACUCCUGAUUAUUUAUUCAUGUUCUAUACAUCCCAUUUGAUCAUGCUCUUGUGAUGUAGACUAGUAUUAAGUAUUUAUAUCUGUUGCAAAAUGGCAGAAAUAAAAUUUUGACAAAUAAAUUUAUAGUAUGGA